AUGAACAGAGCUGCAUAUGAAGCAGGUCUGGUGCAGCUGGAGGAUCUCACACACGGACUGGAGGAAGACCCAGUUUCUGUUUUCACAAAGUCCAAACCCACAGAAACAGAGCGGGGCAUUCUCUUUGAGCCGGAGCUGCUGGCCGAGCUGAAUGAGGAACAGAAACAGAUUCUGUUCUUUAAGAUGAGAGAAGAACAGAUCCGGAGAUGGAGAGAAAGAGAGAAGCAGCUGGAGAAGGAGGAAGCUGCACGUGUCAAAGUCAAAAAAGUUUCAGGAAAGACUGUGUCGUGGAUAAAGGGUCUAGAUGACGAUGUGUGGGUUUGGGUGAUGGGAGAACAUCCUGAGGACAAACCCUACGAUCAAAUCUGUGAUGAGAUCAUGGCCGAGAGAGCAGCCCUGCAGGCCCAGAGAGAGGCCGAGAAGCUCAGGGCUAAGAAAGAGGCUGAGCUGGAGAAGAGGUUUUCUGGCCUGUAUCUUGAACCGGAGCAGGUUGUGUUGUCAGAGCAGGAGGUCCAGCAGAGGAGAGCAGAGGAGGAGCUCAAGAAACUGGAGUUGGAGGAGAGGCGUAAGGCUGAGGAGGAGCUGAGGAGGCUGGAGCAGGAGAGGAAACAGCAGAUUUACAUCAGCCUGAAGGAGGUGCAGGGCAGUAAACACACUCGCGAGGAGGAGGAGGACAAGGAGUGGCAGAACACAUUGCAGAAGUCAAAAGCUGCAGACAUGCGCAGACGAUCUCUGGCCAAGCAGACUAUUGAGGACCACCGCAGGCGCUCGGUUAAAGCUCUAGAAAGAGGACGUGUAGAGGCCAUGACAAAGACCUUCGGCAGCACCAAUUUAACCACUCCACCCAAACCCAAACCCAGAAACAGCAGCAGUGCUAUCAGCCGGAAGGGUGGUAUGCGGCGCUCAGUGUCAACUUCUUGCAGAGACCAUAUUAUUCGCUGGUUCAAGGAGGAACAGUUGCCGCUCAGAGCAGGAUUCCAGCUCGACCAGAGCCGGAUCGCAUCCUGGUUUCACGGUAUAAUAUCUCGUGAACAGGCAGAGGCGCUACUGAACGAGGGCGAGCCUGGGGACUUCCUGGUGCGUGUUAGUGAGAGGAUCUUUGGAUAUGUGCUUUCCUACCGAUCCAGUGAGGGAAUCAAGCACCUGCUGAUCGAUGCUUCAGAGAACUGCUACAUGCUGCUGGGAGACCAGAUCAGAUUCAGCUCGCUCACUGAGCUGGUGGAAUAUCAUGAGGCAGAGCCGCUGAGCUCGUCUGGAGCGGAGGAGUAUCUGCGGCGCGCGUGUGGACAGAAAGCAGCCGCAGCAGAUUAUGCAGAACUCUUCACCUGAACUCCAACCAACAGAAGAGUGGAGAACCUGUGCCUUACACUGUCAUCAGCACUGCAAAUACACUUACACUGAUAAUAACUGCAUCAUCACAUUUCAUAAGCACCCCUAUUUAAAAGUAUUAAAUUUAUCUGAAGUUUAAAUCUAACAUUAAAAAUGAUUUUCCAUCCCAAAACACGAGCCUGUUCCUUUGUGUAACAGAAAAGAUGAAAGUUAGGGUUACACUUUAUUUUAAGGUGUCCUUGUUACAGUGUAAUUAUACAUUUA